UGGCGCGCGGGGCCGGCGCGCGCUCGUAGCUGGCGGGACCGUUAGCUCGAGGCGGACGCGGCCCGGGCCCCGCGGAGAUGGAGCAGUCGCCGCCGCCGGCGCUCGAGCCCACCCCGGGGUCGACCCCGGCACGGAGCCGUAGGCGGCGGGAGCCCGAGUCACCGCCGGCGCCGCCUCCGAUUCCUCUCUUUGGUGCUAAGACUGUUGGCCGGAGAAGUCCUGAUGGACCAGUGCUGAGCAAAGCUGAAUUUGUUGAGAAAGUUCGUCAGAGUAAUCAGGCCUGUCAUGAUGGAGAUUUCCACACAGCUAUUGUUCUGUACAAUGAAGCCCUAGCUGUUGACCCUCAGAACUGCAUCUUAUACAGCAAUAGAUCUGCAGCCUAUAUGAAAAUCCAGCAGUAUGACAAGGCUCUGGACGAUGCAAUCAAAGCCCGACUUCUCAAUCCCAAAUGGCCAAAGGCAUACUUCCGACAGGGUGUUGCCCUCCAGUACCUUGGACGUCAUGCCGAUGCCCUGGCAGCCUUUGCAUCUGGGCUGGCUCAGGACCCCAAGAGUCUCCAGCUUCUGGUGGGGAUGGUAGAAGCAGCCAUGAAAUCUCCCAUGAGAGACUCCCUCGAGCCCACUUAUCAACAACUUCAGAAAAUGAAACUGGACAAGAGUCCCUUUGUGGUCGUGUCUGUGGUUGGGCAAGAACUCCUGACAGCUGGCCAUCAUGGGGCCUCUGUGGUUGUCUUAGAAGCCGCUCUGAAGAUUGGCACCUGCAGCCUCAAACUAAGAGGUUCCGUUUUCUCUGCGCUGAGCAGUGCUUACUGGUCUCUCGGAAACACAGAGAAGAGCACUGGAUACAUGCAGCAGGACUUGGAUGUAGCCAAGACCUUAGGUGACCAGACAGGAGAAUGCCGAGCUCAUGGGAAUCUGGGCUCUGCAUUCUUCUCCAAAGGAAAUUACCGGGAGGCUCUCACUAACCACAGGCAUCAGUUGGUGCUUGCCAUGAAACUCAAGGAUCGAGAGGCAGCUUCAUCAGCCCUGAGCAGUCUGGGCCACGUGUACACAGCCAUUGGAGACUACCCCAAUGCACUGGCCAGUCACAAACAGUGUGUUCUUCUCGCCAAGCAAUCCAAAGAUGAGCUUUCUGAAGCCCGAGAACUCGGCAACAUGGGAGCUGUGUAUAUUGCCAUGGGUGAUUUUGAGAAUGCUGUGCAGUGCCAUGAGCAGCAUCUGAAGAUAGCCAAGGACCUGGGCAACAAGCGAGAAGAGGCCCGCGCCUACAGCAAUCUGGGCAGUGCCUACCACUACAGGAGGAACUUUGACAAGGCCAUGUCUUACCACAACUACGUGCUGGAGCUGGCUCAGGAGUUGAUGGAGAAGGCCAUUGAGAUGCGGGCCUAUGCUGGCCUGGGCCAUGCUGCCAGGUGCAUGCAGGAUUUGGAGAGGGCUAAACAGUACCAUGAGCAGCAGCUGGGCAUCGCUGAGGAUCUCAAGGACCGGGCUGCAGAGGGGCGAGCGUCCUCCAAUCUGGGAAUCAUACACCAGAUGAAAGGUGAUUAUGAUACUGCACUGAAACUCCACAAGACCCACCUGUGCAUCGCCCAGGAGCUGAGUGAUUACGCCGCCCAGGGCCGUGCCUACGGGAAUAUGGGCAAUGCCUACAAUGCUCUGGGCAUGUACGACCAGGCUGUCAAGUACCACCGGCAGGAGCUGCAGAUCUCCAUGGAAGUGAAUGACCGUGCCUCGCAGGCAUCCACACACGGGAACCUUGCUGUGGCCUACCAGGCCCUGGGUGCCCACGACCGGGCCCUGCAGCACUAUCAGAACCACCUGAACAUUGCUCGGGAGCUGCGUGACAUCCAGAGCGAGGCCCGGGCCCUCAGCAACCUGGGCAACUUCCACUGCUCUCGAGGGGAGUACGUCCAGGCCGCCCCCUAUUACGAACAGUACCUCCGGCUUGCUCCCGAGCUUCAAGACAUGGAAGGAGAAGGGAAGGUCUGCCACAAUCUUGGCUAUGCCCAUUACUGCCUUGGAAAUUACCAGGAGGCGGUGAAGUACUAUGAGCAGGAUCUGGCCCUGGCCAAAGACCUUCAUGACAAAUUGAGCCAAGCAAAAGCCUACUGCAACUUGGGCUUAGCAUUCAAGGCUCUGCUGAAUUUUAACAAAGCCGAAGAGUGUCAGAAGUACCUACUGUCCCUAGCCCAGUCCCUGAAUAAUUCCCAGGCUAAAUUUCGAGCCCUGGGGAACCUGGGCGAUAUAUUCAUCUGUAAAAAAGAUAUCAGUGGUGCAAUAAAAUUCUAUGAGCAGCAGCUGGGCUUGGCUCACCAUGUAAAGGACAGAAGACUGGAGGCCAGUGCAUAUGCAGCCCUGGGCACUGCAUACCGAAUGAUCCAGAAACACGACAAGGCCUUGGGUUAUCACACGCAGGAACUGGAGGUAUAUCAGGAGCUGAGCGACUUGCCGGGAGAGUGCAGAGCUCAUGGGCACCUGGCAGCCGUCUACAUGGCCCUUGGGAAAUACACGAUGGCAUUCAAGUGUUAUGAAGAGCAGCUAGAUCUAGGGCAGAAGCUGAAAGAUCCGAGUCUAGAAGCUCAGGUCUAUGGCAACAUGGGCAUCACAAAGAUGAACAUGAAUGUGAUGGAAGAAGCCAUUGGCUACUUCGAGCAGCAGCUGGCCAUGCUGCAGCAGCUGAGUGGAAACGAGUCUGUGCUCGACAGGGGCCGGGCCUAUGGCAACCUGGGGGAUUGCUACGAGGCCCUGGGUGACUAUGAGGAAGCUGUAAAGUACUAUGAACAAUAUUUAUCUGUUGCCCAGAGUCUAAAUCGCAUGCAAGACCAAGCCAAGGCUUACCGAGGCCUGGGAAAUGGACACAGGGCAAUGGGGAGCUUGCAGCAAGCCCUUGUGUGCUUUGAAAAGAGGCUCGUGGUUGCCCAUGAGCUCGGGGAGGCCUUUAAUAAAGCCCAGGCCUAUGGAGAGCUGGGAAGUCUGCACAGCCAAUUAGGGAAUUACGAACAAGCCAUUUCCUGCCUUGAACGCCAGCUGAACAUUGCUAGAGAGAUGAAAGACCGAGCUCUGGAAAGUGAUGCCGCCUGUGGCCUGGGGGGCGUUUACCAGCAGAUGGGGGAAUACGAUACAGCCCUGCAGUACCACCAGCUGGAUCUGCAGAUAGCAGAGGAAACCAACAACCCCACGUGCCAGGGCCGGGCCUAUGGGAACCUGGGCCUGACCUACGAGUCCCUGGGCACCUUUGAGAGGGCCGUGGUCUAUCAAGAACAGCACUUGAGCAUCGCUGCACAGAUGAACGACUUGGUGGCCAAGACGGUGUCUUAUAGUAGCCUUGGAAGGACCCAUCAUGCUUUGCAGAACUAUUCCCAGGCAGUCAUGUACUUGCAGGAAGGUUUAAGGUUAGCAGAGCAGCUGGGCCGAAGAGAAGAUGAAGCCAAAAUUCGCCAUGGUCUUGGCCUCUCCCUUUGGGCGAGUGGGAACCUGGAGGAAGCCCAACAUCAGCUCUAUAGAGCAUCAGCCUUGUUUGAAACGAUCCGACACGAGGUGCAGCUGAGCACGGACUACAAGCUCUCCCUCUUUGACCUGCAGACAUCCUCCUACCAGGCCUUGCAGCGAGUGCUCGUCAGCCUCGGCCAUCAUGAUGAAGCCCUGGCCGUGGCAGAAAGAGGACGGACAAGGGCGUUUGCAGAUCUCCUGGUAGAACGGCAGACAGGACAGCAGGACGCCGACCCCUACUCCCCAGUCACUAUUGAUCAGAUCUUAGAGAUGGUUAAUGGCCAGAGGGGACUAGUGCUUUACUAUUCCCUGGCUGCGGGCUACCUGUACAGCUGGCUGCUUGCUCCUGGGGCAGGGAUUCUGAAGUUUCACGAACACUACCUGGGAGACAACACGGUGGAAAACUCCAGUGACUUCCAGGCUGGCAGCAGCGCAGCCCUUCCGACAGCCACCAGCUCGGCCCUAGAGCAGCACAUCGCCAGCGUCCGGGAGGCCCUGGGUGUGGAGUCUUAUUACUCAAGGGCCUGUGCCAGCAGUGAGACAGAGAGUGAAGCCGGAGACAUCAUGGACCAGCAGUUUGAGGAGAUGAACAACAGGCUCAACUCGGUCACCGACCCCACUGGCUUUCUUCGGAUGGUUCGCCGCAACAACCUCUUUAACAGGAGCUGCCAGAGCACGACCAGCCUGGUCGGCAACACCACGUCACCCGUCAAGGACGGGACCUCCUCUCUUCCCAGGAGGCAGAGCUCGUUCGCCAGGCCGCCGCUCCGCGCUCUGUACGACCUGCUCGUGGCACCCAUGGAAGGGGGCCUGAUGCACUCCAGCGGCCCUGUGGGCCGGCACCGGCAGCUGGUCCUGGUCCUGGAGGGGGAGCUCUACCUCAUCCCGUUCGCCCUCCUGAAGGGAAGCUCCUCCAAUGAGUACCUGUACGAGCGCUUCGCCCUCAUCGCCGUCCCUUCCAUCCGCUCCCUCGGUCCUCAGGCCAAGUCUCACCUGCGGAAGAACCCUCCCGCCUACUCCAGCUCCACGUCCAUGGCGGCUGUGGUUGGCAACCCCAAGCUCCCAUCGGCGGUGAUGGACAGGUGGCUGUGGGGCCCGAUGCCGUCAGCCGAGGAGGAGGCCUACAUGGUGUCCGAGCUGCUGGGCUGCCAGCCGCUGGUGGGCAGCGUGGCCACCAAAGAGCGGGUCAUGAGCGCCCUGACCCAGGCCGAGUGCGUCCACUUUGCCACCCACAUCUCUUGGAAACUGUCGGCCUUGGUCCUCACGCCCAGUGUGGAAGGCACCCCCGCUGGCAGCAAGAGCUCCUUCGGCCACCCCUACACCAUCCCUGAGUCCCUGCGGGUGCAGGAUGACACCAGCGAUGGCGAGAGCAUCUCAGACUGCCCGCCGCUGCAGGAGCUGCUGCUCACGGCUGCCGACGUCCUGGACCUGCGGCUGCCUGUGAAGCUGGUGGUCCUCGGCUCCUCCCAGGAGUCCAACAGCAAGGUCACAGCCGACGGGGUCAUCGCGCUGACGCGGGCCUUCCUGGCGGCCGGCGCACAGUGUGUCCUCGUGUCUCUGUGGCCUGUGCCCGUGGCUGCUUCCAAGAUGUUCCUGCACGCCUUGUACUCGUCCCUGCUGAAUGGCCUGAAGGCCAGUGCGGCCCUGGGCGAGGCCAUGAAGGUGGUGCAGAGCAGCAAGGCCUUCUCACACCCCUCCAACUGGGCAGGGUUCUUGCUCAUCGGGAGCGAUGUGAAGCUCAACAGUCCCUCCUCGCUCAUCGGCCAGGCCCUCACCGAGAUCCUCCAGCACCCAGAGCGGGCGCGGGAUGCCCUGCGAGUGCUGCUGCACCUGGUGGAGAAGUCCCUGCAGCGCAUUCAGAACGGGCAGCGCAACGCCAUGUACACAUCCCAGCAGAGCGUGGAGAACAAAGUGGGCGGCAUCCCUGGCUGGCAGGCCCUCCUCACCGCUGUGGGCUUCCGGCUGGACCCCCCCGCCAGCGGCCUGCCGGCAGCUGUCUUCUUCCCAACCUCCGACCCAGGCGACCGACUCCAGCAGUGCAGCAGCACCAUCCAGUCCCUGCUGGGUCUGCCCAACCCUGCCCUCCAAGCCCUCUGCAAGCUCAUCACUGCCUCAGAGACGGGCGAGCAGCUCAUCAGCCGGCUCCACCAGGUGCUGGUCCAGCUGCAGGCCGGCGAGAAGGAACAGGACUUCACAUCAGCCCCCAUUCAGGUCUCCAUCAGCGUCCAGCUGUGGCGGCUCCCGGGAUGUCACGAAUUCCUGGCGGCUCUAGGUUUUGAUCUCUGUGAGGUUGGUCAGGAGGAAGUAAUCCUGAAAACCGGGAAACAAGCCAACCGACGGACCAUGCACUUUGCGCUCCAAGCCCUGCUCGCACUCUUCGAUUCCACUGAGCUGCCCAAGCGCCUCAGCCUUGACAGCUCGUCCUCCCUGGAGUCUCUGGCCUCAGCCCAGUCUGUCUCCAAUGCUCUGCCCUUGGGCUACCAGCACCCUCCUUUCUCUCCCACCGGUGCAGAGAGCAUAGCCUCAGACGCCAUCUCUGUGUACAGUCUGAGCUCCAUCGCCUCCUCAAUGAGCUUCGUCUCCAAGCCUGAGGGUGGGUCAGAGGGCGGAGGUCCUCGAGGAAGGCAGGACUAUGACCGGUCCAAGAACGCCUUCCCACAGCGAUCCACCCUGCCUCGGAGCCAGCUGUCCCCCCCGACCCGCCCUGCAGACAGCAAAGACGAAGAAGAAUAUGAAGGGUUUUCCAUCAUCAGCACUGAGCCUUUGGCGGCCUACCAAGAAAACAGAAAGACUCGCUUCUCACCAGAUCACAAACAGUCCCGAGUUGGGGCAGCUGGCGGUGUGAAAGUUUCGGUAAGCUCCAAGGGGAGCAUAAGCACUCCAAACUCUCCAGUUAAAAUGACUCUGAUUCCCAGCCCAAACUCACCCUUCCAGAAGGUUGGAAAACUAGCAAGUUCAGAUACGGGAGAAUCAGACCAGUCUAGCACAGAAACAGAUAGUACCGUGAAAUCCCAAGAAGAAAGCAACCCAAAGCUUGAUCCACAAGAGUUGGCCCAGAAGAUUCUAGAGGAGACACAAAGCCAUCUCAUUGCGGUGGAACGUCUUCAGAGGGGCGGUGGUCAAGGUAAGGGCACUAAUCCUGAAGAUGGCAUUUCCGUGCCCAACAGCGCUGCUGUCUUCAGAGCGUCAGAAACAAGUGCGUUCAGCAGGCCUGCCCUCUCCCACCAGAAGAGCCAGCCGUCACCAGUUACUAUCAAACCAAAGCCCCCAGCCAGAAGCUCUUCCCUACCCAAGGUGAGUUCAGGAUACAGCAGCCCCACCACCUCAGAGGCGUCCAUCAAAGACAGCCCGAGCCAGCACAGUGGCCGGCCGUCGCCCGGCUCCGACUCCCAGACUUCCCUGACCGACCAGCCUCUCUUUAAGCUGAAGUAUCCCAGCUCUCCUUACAGUGCUCACAUUUCCAAAUCACCAAGGAACAUGUCCCCGAGCUCAGGCCACCAGUCUCCUGCUGGAAGUGCACCGUCCCCAGCUCUCUCCUAUUCCUCAGCUGGCUCCGCUCGCUCGAGUCCAGCCGACGCUCCUGACAUAGACAAGCUGAAGAUGGCAGCCAUCGACGAGAAGGUGCAGGCUGUACACAACCUGAAGAUGUUCUGGCAGAGCACACCCCAGCAUUCCACGGGACCAGUGAAAAUAUUCCGGGGGACCCCUGGAACGAUGACUUCCAAGAGAGAUGUCCUCAGUCUAUUAAACUUGUCACCUCGGCACAAUAAGAAGGAGGAAGGAGCAGACAAGCUAGAACUUAAGGAGCUGUCUUUGCAGCAAUGUGGAGAAACGCCCCCAAAAGCCCCUCCCAACGGACACUGGCAUACGGAGACCACCUCACUGAGCACACUGCCGCUGCCCGCCGGCCCUCCUGCCGCGGUGCCCACGCGCCCUUUGAGACUUCCUUCUGGAAACGGCUACAAGUUUCUGUCCCCAGGAAGAUUUUUUCCUUCCUCUAAAUGCUAAAACAUCUUUUAUACCCACCAACACCGACUUGGAGCACAGCGGCCCACAGCCCAGCUCUCCGCACUCACUUGGCCUGCUCCCGAGUGCGGCCACCCCAGCAUGGGUGUGCUCUAGCGGCGUGGGCGCCACCACUCCCAGACGCCACACACACACACACACACACUGGUAGCCCCUCUGGGACUCUGGGCCAGAUUCACCAAAAGCCAGGACUUCUGUGGAGCUGGUACAGGAGGCUCAUGGAAUUUUCUACAUGUCACCAAAUGUUUACCUUGGAACUCCCUGCUUCUCAUCUUUGAUGUGAUUCUUCAACAGGAUUUUUGUACAAAAAUGGUCAUGGUUCUGGGGUGGGGAGAGAAAGGGAGCACAUAUUUUGCUAAGAGGUAUAUAUGCAGUACCUUUUAUACAAAGAAAUACAAACAGAGCUUUUUUAAGGCUUUCAGGUGCUGGUUGGGGGUAGGGUAUAUAAAAUCUCUCUAAGUUGAGUUCUACAUGAAAGUGUUACAGUAGCCAAAAAACAGGAUACUGGUUUUAAAAAUGCCAAUGAUUUGUAAUUAAAUUGUAGCAGUUUUGGUCUCAUGAUAUUGUAACAUCAGAGUAACAAGGCAAUAAUUCACUUCCUGAACUCUGCUCUUUGAGGGCUACAAAUGUCCCUGGGGCCCCACUGUCAACCAAACUUGAAUUUUCUUAAAAAAAUUUAUGUAACUCUUAUCCAGGCAUUUUAGAACUAUGCAAUUGUGAUUUAAAAAUGCAACUUUGUGCUUUUAAAACAUUACUGACCUUUUUUGUACGUGGAUAAACAACUUGGUUUUAUUAUCAAUAGUACUUUGCAUUUAUAGCUAUUAUUUUUAAAAGCUCAAAAAGUUUUUUAAAAUAUCAAAAUUUGAAUAGUCAUCAAUAAGUAAUUAUCAAGUUUGGAGGGGGGAGUUUGAAAUUAUUGUUUCCUUAUAAGCAAAAAAAAAAAAAACAAAACCAAAAAACAAACAAAAAAACAAAAGAAAAAUUCCAUGGCUAACUAGAUUUAACCAGAAUCUAGCCUUCCAGCUCUUAUUCCCUUUAUUACCUGCUUAAUUUUAUUAUCUUUUCCCAACGCCAGGCUUCUAAAACCCCUUCUGUCUAAAUCUGUCACCAGGUUCCCACAAUCCCAGCACCUCACAUCUGUGAGCUGCAUCUAGACCCUCAUCUUAGUGUGACCAGCGCCCCUUGCUCCUGUGGUCCAAAGGACAAAUCCCCUCCCCCCCCACAGAAGACUUUAAUGUCCACAGCCUCAGAAGCAGGGGGCCUUCUGCUGGGGUAUACAUCUGAAUUAUUGCUGAACAGGGAAAGAGAUAUUCCUAAAAGUGUUGUCAUA